AUGGUUCUGCACCUUAUGGAGGUGCCGGUGCUGGAAGUGGUGGUACUGGUGGUGGAGGUUCUGGAGGUCGUUCUACACCUUACUGGAGGUUCUGGAGGUGGAAAUAGCUAUGGUUCUGCACCUUAUGGAGGUGCCGAUGCUGGAAGUGGUGGUACUGGUGGUGGAGGUUCUGGAGGUGGUUCUACACCUUACGUAGGUGCCGGUGCUGAAAGGCGUGGUACUGGUGGUGAAGGUUCUAGAAGUGGAGGUUCUGGAGGUGGAAAUAGCUAUGGUUCUGCACCUUAUGGAGGUGCCGGUGCUGGAAGUGGUGGUACUGGUGGUGGAGGUUCUGGAGGUCGUUCUACACCUUACGUAGGUGCCGGUGCUGAAAGGCGUGGUACUGGUGGUGAAGGUUCUAGAAGUGGAGGUUCUGGAGGUGGAAAUAGCUAUGGUUCUGCACCUUAUGGAGGUGCCGAUGCUGGAAGUGGUGGUACUGGUGGUGGAGGUUCUGGAGGUGGUUCUACACCUUACGUAGGUGCCGGUGCUGAAAGGCGUGGUACUGGUGGUGAAGGUUCUAGAAGUGGAGGUUCUGGAGGUGGAAAUAGCUAUGGUUCUGCACCUUAUGGAGGUGCCGGUGCUGGAAGUGGUGGUACUGGUGGUGGAGGUUCUGGAGGUGGUUCUACACCUUACGUAGGUGCCGGUGCUGAAAGGCGUGGUACUGGUGGUGAAGGUUCUAGAAGUGGAGGUUCUGGAGGUGGAAAUAGCUAUGGUUCUGCACCUUAUGGAGGUGCCGGUGCUGGAAGUGGUGGUACUGGUGGUGGAGGUUCUGGAGGUGGUUCUACACCUUACGUAGGUGCCGGUGCUGAAAGGCGUGGUACUGGUGGUGAAGGUUCUAGAAGUGGAGGUUCUGGAGGUGGAAAUAGCUAUGGUUCUGCACCUUAUGGAGGUGCCGGUGCUGGAAGUGGUGGUGCCGGUGCUGAAAGGCGUGGUACUGGUGGUGAAGGUUCUAGAAGUGGAGGUUCUGGAGGUGGAAAUAGCUAUGGUUCUGCACCUUAUGGAGGUGCCGGUGCUGGAAGUGGUGGUACUGGUGGUGGAGGUUCUGGAGGUAGUUCUACACCUUACGUAGGUGCCGGUGCUGAAAGGCGUGGUACUGGUGGUGAAGGUUCUAGAAGUGGAGGUUCUGGAGGUGGAAAUAGCUAUGGUUCUGCACCUUAUGGAGGUGCCGGUGCUGGAAGUGGUGGUACUGGUGGUGGAGGUUCUGGAGGUAGUUCUACACCUUACGUAGGUGCCGGUGCUGCAAGGCGUGGUACUGGUGGUGAAGGUUCUAGAAGUGGAGGUUCUGGAGGUGGAAAUAGCUAUGGUUCUGCACCUUAUGGAGGUGCCGGUGCUGGAAGUGGUGGUACUGGUGGUGGAGGUUCUGGAGGUGGUUCUACACCUUACGUAGGUGCCGGUGCUGAAAGGCGUGGUACUGGUGGUGAAGGUUCUAGAAGUGGAGGUUCUGGAGGUGGAAAUAGCUAUGGUUCUGCACCUUAUGGAGGUGCCGGUGUUGGAAGUGGUGGUAUUGGUGGUGGAGGUUCUGGAGGUCGUUCUACACCUUACGUAGGUGCCGGUGCUGAAAGGCGUGGUACUGGUGGUGAAGGUUCUAGAAGUGGAGGUUCUGGAGGUGGAAAUAGCUAUGGUUCUGCACCUUAUGGAGGUGCCGGUGCUGGAAGUGGUGGUACUGGUGGUGGAGGUUCUGGAGGUAGUUCUACACCUUACGUAGGUGCCGGUGCUGAAAGGCGUGGUACUGGUGGUGAAGGUUCUAGAAGUGGAGGUUCUGGAGGUGGAAAUAGCUAUGGUUCUGCACCUUAUGGAGGUGCCGGUGCUGGAAGUGGUGGUACUGGUGGUGGAGGUUCUGGAGGUGGUUCUACACCUUACGUAGGUGCCGGUGCUGAAAGGCGUGGUACUGGUGGUGAAGGUUCUAGAAGUGGAGGUUCUGGAGGUGGAAAUAGCUAUGGUUCUGCACCUUAUGGAGGUGCCGGUGUUGGAAGUGGUGGUACUGGUGGUGGAGGUUCUGGAGGUCGUUCUACACCUUACGUAGGUGCCGGUGCUGAAAGGCGUGGUACUGGUGGUGAAGGUUCUAGAAGUGGAGGUUCUGGAGGUGGAAAUAGCUAUGGUUCUGCACCUUAUGGAGGUGCCGGUGCUGGAAGUGGUGGUACUGGUGGUGGAGGUUCUGGAGGUGGUUCUUCACCUUACGUGCCGGUGCUGGAAAAUGGUGGUACUGGUGGUGGAGGUUCUGGAGGUCGUUCUACACCUUACGUAGGUGCCGGUGCUGAAAGGCGUGGUACUGGUGGUGAAGGUUCUAGAAGUGGAGGUUCUGGAGGUGGAAAUAGCUAUGGUUCUGCACCUUAUGGAGGUGCCGGUGCUGGAAGUGGUGGUACUGGUGGUGGAGGUUCUGGAGGUGGUUCUACACCUUACGUAGGUGCCGGUGCUGAAAGGCGUGGUACUGGUGGUGAAGGUUCUAGAAGUGGAGGUUCUGGAGGUGGAAAUAGCUAUGGUUCUGCACCUUAUGGAGGUGCCGGUGUUGGAAGGGGUGGUACUGGUGGUGGAGGUUCUGGAGGUAGUUCUACACCUUACGUAGGUGCCGGUGCUGAAAGGCGUGGUACUGGUGGUGAAGGUUCUAGAAGUGGAGGUUCUGGAGGUGGAAAUAGCUAUGGUUCUGCACCUUAUGGAGGUGCCGGUGCUGGAAGUGGUGGUACUGGUGGUGAAGGUUCUAGAAGUGGAGGUUCUGGAGGUGGAAAUAGCUAUGGUUCUGCACCUUAUGGAGGUGCCGGUGCUGGAAGUGGUGGUACUGGUGGUGGAGGUUCUGGAGGUGGUUCUACACCUUACGUAGAUGCCGGUGCUGAAAGGCGUGGUACUGGUGGUGAAGGUUCUAGAAGUGGAGGUUCUGGAGGUGGAAAUAGCUAUGGUUCUGCACCUUAUGGAGGUACCGGUUCUGGAAGUGGUGGUACUGGUGGUGGAGGUUCUGGAGGUGGUUCUACACCUUACGUAGGUGCUGGUGCUGAAAGGCGUGGUACUGGUGGUGAAGGUUCUAGAAGUGGAGGUUCUGGAGGUGGAAAUAGCUAUGGUUCUGCACCUUAUGGAGGUGCCGGUGCUGGAAGUGGUGGUACUGGUGGUGGAGGUUCUGGAGGUAGUUCUACACCUUAUGUAGGUGCCGGUGCUGGAAGGCGUGGUACUGGUGUUGGAGGUUCUAGAAGUGGAAGUUCUGGAGGUGGAAGUUCGAGAAGUGGAAGUGCUGGCAAAGGAUAUGGUUACGGUUCUACAAGUUAUGGAGGUGGAAAUAGCUAUGGUUCUACACCUUAUGGAGGUGCCGAUGCUGGAAGUGGUGGAGGUUCUGGAGCUGGGGGUUCUGGAGGUGAAAGUUCUGGAAGUGGAAGUGCUGGCAAAGGCUAUGGUCACGGUUCUACAAGUUAUGGAGGUGCCGAUGCUGGAAGGCGUGGUACUGGUGGUGGAGGUUCUAGAAGUGGAGGUUCUGAAGGUGGAAGUUUGAGAAGUGGAAGUGCUGGAAAAGGAUAUGGUGGAAUUUUUGGUGGUGGAGGUUCUGAAGGUGGAAUGUCUCGAGGUGGAAGUUCCGGAGGUGGAAGAUCCGGAGAUAGAAGGGCUAGAAUUAUAUUUAUAGUGGAUACCAGUAGGCGAAGUGGGGGGUCGGGUAAUGUUGGUCAGGAUGACUGCACAUGCAGGAUAACAUGUAAACCAGGAGAAAUGAAAAAAUCCACUUGUAAAUAUUAUAUGAAACCAGUACUUUGCUGCAAGAAAAAACCGAAAAAAGGAUAUGGAUACUGA